AUGAUGGACGAUUAUCAUCGAAAAUCGGCCGAUUUGCCGGAGGGGCAUAAAAACCCUCCCAGUGAAUCCGCAAGCGCCGAAUUCACAGAGGCGCAGAACCGAUAAUGAAAGUUACGGAACGCGUAGUUUUGAUAUGUUCCCGCUCAUUGAGCAAAUCAACAAAUCGGUGACCCAAAUUGUUGAAAAGAGGGAACAAGGGAAUGAUAAUACCCUCAAAGAGAUGGCUAACUCUCUUAAAGAGAUAACCAACUCUCUCACCGUGAUGGAUAAAUCCCACCACGAGAGAGUCGACAGACUUGAGCAGGAAUUGAGGGAAAUAAAGGAGCAAAGGGCAACCCCCAGCUACUUACCAGCAGUACCCUCAUACGCCCAAAAGGCAGCGCAAGGACCCCAAAUGGUACCGUCGAAGAAAGCGAUUACGCUCACACUCCACCAAACCGACCCUACCAAACCUGUCCUAAGCGAAAAUGAAACUAAAUCAGCUGAUAUUAAGAGGAUUAUGGACGAACAC